UAAACCGGAAACCACAUGUACACGAGUACGCUCAGUAGUAUUUCCGUUCACAGAGGAGUAAAUUUUUUGUAGCGACCUCUGUCGUCUGAGUCGUCUCUUUUCAAGUGAUCCUUCGCGCAAAAUGACGAAGGGUACAUCGAGCUUUGGUAAGCGGCGCAAUAAGACCCACACGCUGUGCAGGCGAUGCGGUCGUAGUUCGUAUCACAUUCAAAAGUCGCAAUGUGCGCAGUGCGGAUAUCCUGCCAAAAAGAUGAGAUCUUACAACUGGUCGAUCAAGGCUAAGAGGAGGAAGACCACCGGAACCGGCCGCAUGCGUCACCUCAAGAUUGUUCGCCGCAAGUUCAAGAACGGAUUCAGGGAAGGUCUACCGAAGCCAAAAGCAGUCGCAGCGAAAUAGGCGUGUUUUUGAAACACAAAAGACUUGAAGAACUGUGAAAAAGCCGUUUUGUUUCUAUGGACUGUAUAAUCGCUUAUAACUUCGAAUAAAGAUCUUGAAGGUUUA